UAUAUGGCAUACAUAUACCUAUUUCGAAUGGAAGUGUGAUUUGAUAACAGAGGCUAGAGUAUCUUGGGUCAACCGGGAGUACAUCCUUCAGAAAGUGCGCCCUAUUACUCAGUCCAAUCAGCUGUUCAUCUUCAGUGAAUCCAUCUAACGGCGAAUAAAAAGAACUUUGCCUGCGGACAAAAAAAAAUAUUGCGUAAUAUGAAGUGAAUACCUUAUCCGAUAACGCAGAAAACACAGCAGCUACAAAUCAACCGAUUUUCAAUCAAUUUUUUAAGUAUAAGUUAUCCAAACCUCAUCUAAUUUAUUGCGUCCUAGAGUGUACUUCAGCAUCACACUUAAAUUAAUCUAUUACAUUCGUUUAUACCUGAACUAUUGAAUAACGAUCAAUAUAAAUAGUUGUUAAAAAAUUUACACGUACAAAUUUAUAUAAGCCCUGAGGCUUGCCUAGUAUUAAGCUACAUAAUCAUCGCCAUCACCAUGUCAAUGUGCGGUGCUCAAAUUGCCUUGAAGGCCUUCAAAAAGGCUCCUCGUAUCAGAAUUUGGUCAAUGAUCAAAAAUGCGUAUUCAACUAAGGUAGAGUACAAGCCGAUCCGAUCCGUGCUGGUUGCGAAUCGUGGCGAGAUUGCCAUCCGUGUCUUCCGAGCGUGCAAUGAACUGGGCAUCCGAUCGGUAGCAGUGUAUUCCGAACAGGACAAAAUGCACAUGCACCGCCAAAAAGCAGAUGAGUCCUAUAUGGUGGGUAAAGGACUCGCGCCUGUCGAUGCUUAUCUAAGCAUUCCAGAAAUUAUUAGAGUCUGCAAGGAGAACGAUGUCGACGCUGUGCAUCCUGGUUAUGGUUUCAUGUCUGAGCGAUCUGACUUUGCCCAAGCCGUCAUCGAUGCUGGUCUUCGAUUCAUCGGUCCGUCGCCAAAGGUUGUGCAACAGAUGGGUGAUAAAGUGGCUGCACGUAAGGCAGCUAUCGAAGCCGGUGUUCCGAUCGUACCUGGCACUGAUGGACCUGUGACGACCAAGGAUGAGGCUGUCGAUUUCUGCAGAAAGCACGGUUUGCCCGUCAUCUUCAAGGCUGCUUACGGAGGUGGUGGUCGAGGAAUGAGAGUGGUUAGGAAAAUGGAAGAGGUUGAAGAUAACUUCCAGCGUGCCAGUUCGGAAGCUAAGGCAGCAUUUGGUAACGGUGCCAUGUUCAUCGAAAAAUUCAUCGAACGACCACGGCAUAUCGAGGUGCAGCUGCUCGGUGACAAAGCAGGCAAUGUGGUUCACUUAUAUGAGCGUGACUGUUCGGUGCAAAGACGUCACCAAAAAGUUGUUGAAAUUGCACCUGCACCAAGAUUACCACGAGAAGUACGGGAUAAAAUGACCGAAUACGCCGUCAGAUUAGCUAAACAUGUUGGCUACGAAAAUGCCGGAACAGUGGAGUUCCUAUGUGACGAAUCGGGCAAUUUCUACUUCAUUGAAGUGAACGCUCGUCUACAAGUUGAGCACACCGUCACAGAAGAAAUCACCGGUAUCGAUCUUGUACAAUCACAAAUCCGCAUUGCAGAAGGCAUGACUUUGCCAGAACUAGGGUACAAUCAAGAAAACAUUAAACCCCAAGGUUAUGCCAUCCAGUGCCGUGUAACAACUGAAGAUCCUGCCAACGACUUCCAACCAAAUACUGGCCGCCUGGAAGUAUUCAGAUCCGGCGAAGGUAUGGGUAUUCGUCUUGAUAGUGCCUCUGCCUAUGCUGGUGCUAUUAUUUCACCAUACUACGAUUCACUGCUAGUUAAGGUAAUUUCACACGCAUCCGAUUUACAAUCUUCCGCUGCCAAAAUGAACCGUGCUCUGCGCGAGUUCCGCAUCCGUGGUGUUAAGACCAACAUCCCGUUUUUACUGAAUGUUCUGGAAAAUCAAAAAUUCUUGAAUGGUGUCCUGGAUACUUACUUCAUCGACGAGCAUCCACAACUGUUCCGUUUUACUAAAUCUAAGAACCGGGCCCAAAAACUAUUAAACUACCUUGGUGAAGUGUUAGUCAACGGACCUACCACUCCAUUAGCGACCAAGCUGAAGCCAGCGGAGGUGCAGCCACAUGUGCCACAGUUGCCGUUGGAUUUGUCACCAGAAGCACUUGCAGAGGAGGAGAAGGGCAAAAAAGUGACCGAUCCCCCACGUGGAUUCAAGGACAUCUUGCGAGAACAGGGACCAGAAGGAUUCGCCAAGGCAGUCAGAGCCCAGAAAAAUCUUCUGCUCAUGGAUACGACUUUCCGUGAUGCCCAUCAAUCUCUGCUGGCAACCCGUGUUCGAACUCAUGAUUUGCUGAAAAUCUCCCCCUUCGUAUCGCAUAAGUUCAACAAUCUAUACUCUCUGGAGAACUGGGGUGGGGCCACCUUCGACGUUGCUCUACGAUUCUUGCAUGAGUGUCCAUGGGAACGCCUGGAAGAUAUGCGAAAGCAGAUUCCAAAUAUUCCAUUCCAAAUGCUGCUGCGUGGUGCGAAUGCCGUAGGCUACACGAAUUAUCCGGAUAAUGUCGUUCACAAAUUUUGCGAACUCUCGGUUCAAUGUGGAAUGGACAUCUUUCGAGUGUUUGACUCCUUGAACUACCUGCCGAAUUUGGUUUUGGGAAUGGAAGCUGCCGGUAACGCUGGAGGUGUAGUCGAAGCUGCGAUCUCCUACACGGGAGACGUAAGUGAUCCUACCAAGAAAAAGUAUGACCUCAAAUACUACACUAAUCUUGCCGAUGAACUGGUGAAGGCCGGCACUCACGUACUUUGCAUCAAAGAUAUGGCUGGUCUACUUAAACCACAAGCUGCCAAAUUGCUUAUCGCGGCCAUCCGCGACAAACACCCGGAUGUCCCGAUCCAUAUUCACACUCACGAUACCUCUGGAGCGGGCGUUGCUUCGAUGUUGGCUUGUGCUGAAGCUGGUGCUGAUGUCGUGGAUGUUGCAGUGGAUUCCAUGUCUGGCUUGACUUCCCAGCCCAGCAUGGGCGCUGUUGUUGCCUCACUACAGGGAGCUUCGUUGGACACCGGUCUGAAUCUACGGGACAUUAGUGAAUAUUCUGCCUACUGGGAGCAAACUCGAACUUUGUAUGCUCCAUUUGAGUGUACGACAACGAUGAAAUCUGGAAAUGCUGAUGUGUAUCUGAAUGAAAUUCCUGGUGGUCAAUACACCAAUCUUCAGUUCCAAGCAUAUUCCCUUGGAUUGGGAGACUUUUUUGAAGAUGUCAAGAAGGCUUAUCGUGAAGCCAAUCUGCUGUUGGGUGACAUCAUUAAGGUCACUCCUUCGUCUAAGGUUGUUGGUGAUUUGGCUCAAUUCAUGGUGCAGAAUCAUCUCACAGCCGACCAGGUAAUGGAACGGGCCGAAGAACUUUCCUUCCCAAAAUCUGUAAUUGAAUUCCUGCAAGGAGCUAUCGGUACUCCGUACGGUGGAUUCCCUGAACCAUUCCGCUCUCGUGUGCUCAAGGAUAUGCCACGAAUUGAUGGACGUCCUGGUGCUUCGCUGCCCCCACUAGAUUUCGACAAACUGAAAAAAGACCUACAAGAAUCUCAUCCAGAUGUGUCUCAUCGAGACGUUAUGUCCGCUGCCUUAUAUCCUCAGGUUACCAACGAUUUUCUUACCUUUAGAGAUUCCUUCGGACCCGUAGAUAAACUAGAUACCCGCGUAUUCCUAACCGGUCCCAAAGUGGGCGAAGAAUUCGAAGUCACCAUUGAGAAGGGCAAGACGCUUGGCUUCAAAACACUUGCCAUGGCUGAAGAUCUAACGACGAACGGUGAACGUGAGGUCUUCUUUGAACUGAACGGUCAACUGCGAUCGGUAAUGGUCCGUGACAAGGAAGCUGUUAAGGAGCUGCACAUUCAUCCCAAGGCUACUAAGGGAAAUAAGGAUCAAGUUGGUGCCCCAAUGCCUGGCUCUGUCAUCGAAAUCAAAGUAAAAGUAGGAGAUCGCGUUGAAAAGGGUCAACCGUUGGUGGUUCUAUCUGCCAUGAAGAUGGAAAUGGUUGUACAAGCGCCACGUGCUGGCGUUGUGAAAACACUGGACAUUUCUUCCGGAAUGAAAUUGGAAGGUGAAGAUCUGCUUCUAACUCUGGAAUAAUUCGCCGGACACUAUACUUCAGAAUGAACAAAUACGAAAAGACAUACAGUUGAUAUUCACUUGACGUGCAUUAAUAUUAAAUAGCAGACAGGAAAAAAAACUUCGCGCUAUAGGGGUGUAUUUACGUGGGAAAUGUGUAUGUGGAUGAUAUAGGCUUAAAAUGUACUGUCACGUCAUGUUAUAUUAACAUUUUGCCCUAAGCAGCUUUUUUGUUAAAACUUUAAAUUCUACAUUUAUUUUUCGAUGCAUAUUCUGAGUUUCAAAUAAAGAUAAAUACUCAA